GCAAAGUCACCACUCCAAAAUCAGUGGCAAACCCCAUAAUCAGAUGGCCACAACAGUACAAGUACAACACAAUGUCACCACUCUUUCUAGAAAACCCGGUUCUGUUAUCUUUCUCCUUUUUCUCAAACAUAACAUAAAACCCCAUCAUCACUUUGAAUCUUCAUUGAAUCCUCUCUUACUCUUCUUCUUCUAGGUUUGGAUUAUUUUUCUCUAAGCUAAUCCUCUCUUGAAUCUGAAGUUUCCUUAAACUUGCACUCCAAGUGUGUUCUGUUCCUUUUAUGUUUCUUAUAUUUGUGUAUCUAAUUUUGGGAUGACAUAGAUCUUGGCUUGGACACAGUUUGCAGAGAAGUAACAAAAAGUAUAGCGAAAAGAACAAGCUGAAUUUAAAUCUAGGUUAAAUCUGAAUUGAAAAUUUGUUUUUUUUUUUCCCCCUUCUGAGUUCCAAUAGCAAUAGAGGUAACUUGUAAAGAGAUUGAAGGUUGACUAAUGAAGAAGAAGUUUCCUCAACUUUUUCCGCCUUCAAAAAUUGUUCCUUUCUGAUGAGGGAGUAAUCUGAGUCUGUUGUCUUGUCUGCAGGUGGGUCCCAAUUCCCCAAACCAAAUAUUUAUAAUAUCGUAUGUUUUCUAUGUAGCUCCCAAAUCAAAAUCUUUGGCAUUGGGCGUGGAUUGAUGCUGAUUUAAAUCAUGCAUCUUUGGUUGAAAACCAUGUUUUAUCCUGCAGAAAACAUGGACCCCCCCUUUUUGGGUAUUGUUAGCUAUAUACUUGUUAAGAAGGUGGUUUUGGUUAUGUUGCUGAACCGUUCUACUUCUCAUUGCUCCGUUCUUAUCUUCUAAAGAUUUGUGGGGUUCUCUGCAGGAGCUGAACACAUAGAGAUCUUGGUUCUUGCCCUUGAAGUGAAACAGUUUCAAAAUUUUGAUUUUGUUUUAGCAUUUCCACAAGAGUAUGAGGAAAAAUGCUGGUUCUCAUUCAGGAAGGAUGUUUAGUGACAGGACGUGGAUUAUCCCCUUUUUUGCAAGUUUGCUGGUGUCUAUGAGUCUAGUUCUGACAGCUAUUAUUGGGGCACUUAGUUCUUCUGGUGGUGGAGAGGAGUCACCGUUUGACAUCAUUUCAUUCCCGGGAUCAGGGGAUUCCAGUGGAUAUUUUGUGGAAUCAGAUUUUGAAAGGGCUUUUAAUGCUAGUGAGGCUGUGAAAAUGGAGGUACCUAGGUUUGCAUAUCUUAUUUCAGGCACCAAGGGUGAUAGUCAUAGGAUGAUGAGGACAUUAGAGGCAGUGUACCACCCAAGAAAUCAAUACAUCUUGCAUUUAGAUCUUGAGGCACCGCCCCGGGAAAGGUUGGAAUUGGCAAAUGCAGUGAAAGCUGAUCCAUUAUUUCGUGAAGUGGAGAAUGUGCCUAUUGCAAUAUUAUUGAAGGAGAGUUCGGAGUGGGACUGGUUUAUAAACCUCAGUGCCUCAGAUUAUCCUCUACUGACACAGGAUGAUUUGCUUCAUGUUUUCUCUAAUCUGUCAAGAGAUCUUAAUUUCAUCGAACAUACAAGCCUUACUGGUUGGAAACUGAACCAAAGAGGAAGACAGAUCAUUAUUGAUCCUGCCCUUUACUUAUCAAAGAAGUCUGAUUUAGCAUUCACUACUCAACGAAGAACAAUUCCCACAUCUUUUAAACUGUUCACUGGUUCAGCUUGGGUUGUACUGACCCGGUCCUUUGUAGAAUUUUGUAUAUGGGGAUGGGAUAACUUUCCACGGACUAUGCUUAUGUAUUAUACAAAUUUUGUCUCCUCGCCAGAGGGAUAUUUUCACACUGUCAUUUGUAACACUGAGGAAUUCCGGCAUACGGCGAUAAGCCAUGAUCUUCACUACAUUGCUUGGGACACUCCCCCAAAGCAGCAUCCCAUUUCUUUAACUAUGAAGGACUUUGACAAAAUGGUUGAAAGCAAGGCUCCCUUUGCCCGAAAGUUUGCAAAGGAUGAUCCUGUCCUAGACAAGAUUGACAAAGAACUUUUGGGGCGCACACAUAGAUUUUCAACUGGGGCAUGGUGUGUUGAGACCUCAGAUGGUGGGGCAGACCCUUGUUCUUUACGAGGCAAUGAUACAGUUUUGAGGCCAGGCCCUGGUGCUGAGAGGCUGCGUGAGCUGCUUCAGGUGCUUUUAUCUAAAGAAUCUCUGAGCAAGCAGUGUUUGUGACAAAGGGGUACCCUCCAAGUAGGAAUAAUGUCAAAGUGUACAUAUGUGUGGUUUUAGAUCAUAUAUAUCUGAUGUAAAAGGUCAAAGUUUUGUGUUCAGAUAUAGGUUCAUUGUAAGAAGCAACAAACACUAGAGCAGUAGUUUUUCGGUGCUUGUUUCGGUUUAGUUGCGCUAUUGGUUGCAAUUCCAGCCAACCAUUUAUGCAAUUACAACUUUUUUCUUUGUUGAGUUAUACGAGGCAAUUAAA